AUGAGUAGUUUUACUCUUCCUAUCAUUGAUUUGGAACUUUUUACGAGAGAUAAAACAGCUUCAGAAGCAAUAAAUGAAUGUCAAAAGGUUGCGAAUGCUUUACGUGAAUAUGGCGCUUUAUUAGUUCGUAACUCAGGCGUAAAGGAAGAGGAUAAUGCUCGUUUUUUGGAUUUACUUGAAGAUUAUUACGCUCAGCCAUUAGAGGUUAAACUUAAAGAUGCGCGUCCAGACCUUGGAUAUCAAGUUGGGGUCACUCCGGAAUUCACGGAAGAACCUAAAUGCCACCGGGAUAUCAACUGCCAGAAACUAAUUAGCCAAUUACCAGAGGAAAUUAGACCCUUACCUAUAUCUGGGCCCGAUCCUAAAUGGCGAUUCUUUUGGCGAAUUGGAGAGAUUCCAAAAGCAACGAAUUAUCCACGACUCAAUGCAGAUCCUGUGAUUCCAGAAGCAUUUAAAGAUAAAUGGCCAAACAUAAUGGACGAAUGGGGAAAUCAAAUGCACCGUGUCGUUCUUGGUGUUGCUGAAAUGGCUUCUGUCGGGUUUGGGAUGCAUGCCGGUAAAUUACCUGAUCUUACAAAAAAUGGUCCACAUUUAUUAGCUCCAACAGGAAGUGAUUUAGACAAGUAUGGAAAGAUUGGAACUAUUUUUGCUGGUUUUCAUUAUGACUUGAAUUUCUUGACGAUUCACGGGAAAUCCCGUUAUCCCGGUUUACAUAUUUGGCCGCAUAAUGAAGAUGUAAAAAUGCAGGUCCGCGUACCGGAUGGUCACCUCUUGGUUCAAGCUGGAAAACAACUUGAGUGGAUUACUGGUGGAGAAGUAAAAGCUGGAUUUCAUGAAGUCGUAGUAACAAAAGAUACGAUCAAGUCAAUCGAAGAUGCUAAAAAGACGAGACCAGACCGUCCUCUCUGGCGUAUAUCGUCCACUUUCUUCCUUCACGUUGCGAGUGACCAAAUCUUGCAACCAUUGGAGCCAUUUAAGCCGAAUCUUUCUCAUUAUCCACCUACUUUUGCCGGUGAUCAAGUUAAACACGAGUUGGGACUAAUUGAGUUAAUGAAAUAA